CGCUGUUACUGCUGCCACUGCCGCUGACCGCUGUCGUGUGGAGGUGCGCGCGGAGUACAGCUGGUGCGCGAGCCGCCGCGAUGUGCCGCGGAUCUAUUGCUGCUCCAAUCGCCGCUGCUGCUGCUACCACCGCUGCCGCCGCCGCCGCCGAAGUGAGGAUGAUCCUAGCGAGCCGAAAACCUCCGGCGCUCGGCUGAGCCGCGCGAUCUUGCACCGCUGCACUCCUGCUGCUACUACUAUUACUGUUGCUGCUAGUGUUGCUGUGUGUGUGCGCGAGCGAGUGUCCGUGUGUGCACGCAACUUUGCGAGUCGCGGCCCGACAUCGUCAUCAUCGUCAUCGGGUCCAGCUUAUCGAAGGAUUACUGAUUCGUGUACAUUGUGAUGCAUAAGCUUAAAAAUGCACACUCAAUACUUCAGUUUUAAAUAUAUAAAUUUAAAUUAAUUUAAAGUAGUUAUAUAGAAAGAAUUAAAAAAAAAAGAACAGAAAUAUUCAAAUGCGCUUGAAGAUGGAAAUAACAAGCGUGUGAUAUCUAGAAUUUUUUUAAAAUGCUCAUUCUGUAAGGAUUGCUGUUGUUUGAGGUAAAUAUUAGCCCUACACUUUACUUCUGAUAUUUCAACUGUGAUUGCUAAAUUAAAGUAGGUGAACCAAAUUAAAUGUGCAAAUCAUCAUUUAAAAGAAUUAUUAUCGACCUAAUCUGUGCAAAAAUCAAGACAAAUGUGCUUCAACUGCAAUUAAGAUACAGUAACGUACAUUGAUAUUGUAUUUCUGUGCUUCCGCAAAAGUGAAAUCAUGUAACAUUCAUGAUUCUCUUUCAGUAUCCAGUCAAAUUUUGUGUUGUGCAAUGUGCUUUUAUUAAUAAUGGAUAGCUUUUGCACAAAUUUGUCUUUUAACAAUUUGAGGUGGUAGUGAAUUUGUAAAUGGAACUUGAGCCUAGAGAAGGCACAAAUCUAUAAAACUCCAAUAGAAUGAGCGAUAGAAAGGACCUAUGUUCUGCGAAUUGAUGGGUAUAUGCUUUUCCUGCAGGAGACCCACAAGUAACCGAUUAAAUAACAAGAUCUCAGAACAUAUUUCGGCAUCAGUAACUCCUCUCCAUGUUUGUCUUGAAGAACCAAGGGGACCAGAAUUGGGCUCGUGUAAUAUCACAGCUCUUAGACCACAGAAGGUUGAAAGUGUCUAUUGUACGAGGGGAAGACGAGAAGAACUUGGUGAGGAAGAAAGUAAGAAAGAGCUGCUCCACUCUGGAGCAGAUGAGCUGAAACAAAACCAAGGAAGCAUGGCUAAUACUAUAAGUAAUAUGAAAAUGACAAACCCCAUAAAGGGGCUAGUCAGUAAGCGGCGGAAACGUUUUACUGCCGAUGGGUUUGACCUUGAUCUCACAUAUAUAAAAGAUAAUUUAAUAGCUAUGGGUUUUCCAGCGGAAAAAUUAGAAGGUGUAUACAGAAAUCACAUUGACGAUGUUGUCAAAUUUUUAGAGUCUAAGCAUAAGGAUCACUAUAAAAUUUAUAACCUAUGCUCGGAAAGAUCUUAUGAUUGUAAGAAAUUCAAACAAAGAGUGGCGACCUAUGCGUUUGAUGAUCACAAUCCACCAUCGCUAGAACUGAUAAAGCCAUUUUGUGAAGAUGUACAUACGUGGCUUACACAAAAUGACUCUAAUGUUGCCGUUGUUCAUUGUAAAGCUGGAAAAGGUAGAACCGGUGUGAUGGUUUGUUGUUACCUACUCCAUAGUAAGCAAUGUAGAACUGCUACGGAAGCUCUCAACUUUUAUGGAACGGAAAGGACGACCGAUAGGAAAGGAGUAACAAUACCAUCUCAGAGGAGAUACGUUAAUUACUAUUCUACUCUUGUCCAAGAGGGUCUUAAUUAUCAGCCUGUAACUUUAAUACUUCGUGAAAUCAAGCUGGAUCCGAUACCUACUUUUAACGGGGGUCAGGGUUACCAUUUUGUGAUAUCUGAGGCUAACACUAAAAUAUUUAGUUCAGAAACGUAUGAAGUACGAAAAGGUACCUCCACCCUUUCUAUUCCCUUACAACAUAGUGUACCCAUUAAGGGCGAUAUAAGGGUAGAUUUUUACAACGCGCCUAAAGUAAAACGAAAAGAAAAGUUAUUUCACUUUUGGUUCAACACAUUUUUUGUUCGUGAACAUUCGACAUCCGAAUACGAUAAUGGAGGACCAAUUGAACGAACGACACGAGCAUUGAGCUGUGACGGAACCGCUAUGGAACUACCAAUGGUUCAUUCAAAGCCCAGAACAGGUUCGCUAGCAAGUCUGGGUCCAGUACCUCCGACACUAGUAUUGACCAUAGACAAAUGGGGUUUGGACGGAGCGCAUAAAGACAAACAUCACAAACUCUACAAUGCAGACUUCAAGGUUAGUUUAUUGAUGCACCGUGUGGGAGGUGGCGUGCCACCUGCAGCAUCGACAGUGGCACGAGCCGGAGAAAGCAUUCGAAUUGGCAUGAGUGGCCAAGAGACGCCGAGCGAGUCGAGCGAAGCUGACAGUAGCGAAUGCGACACUACGGGGGACGAAGAUGGUUGGGAAUCGGGCCCUAAGCUCUGCGAUGCAUCAUCGAGUUGCGUGACGCGCGGGCCUCGGGGUAGGGGCAGUGAUCAAAUAUAAUGGAGAAAGAGCUCAUCGGUCGACAGGGGGUCGGUAUUAUUACUCUGGAUUGUUUAGCCAGGCACGUUUUUACAAUAUUACGUUAAAGCCAAAGAGACGCGAUACUUGAAGUUUAGUACGAAAUCGAGUUGGAGGAAGCUACGCCGCAACGCGUUAAGGGUUAAUUUGAGCAGAUGAACUUCCGGCAUCCGUAAGAGUGUGAAAUAGACGACGGUGCAUUCGUUGUUUUCGAAUACGAUGCCAUUCGGUGCUUUAUUAUUGGGCGAACGUGAAAGUGAAGACUACAGUGCAAUGAUCGCGCACGAGCGAAUCCUUUUUUUGUUUGUGUGCGAAGGUGGAGCCUCUUUAUUUUAUUUUUUUGCUUUUUUUUCUUUCUUUUAAAUUGGCCGUGUGAUAUUGCAUCUUGGUCCAUGCGACAUAUCAUUUUUCGCUUUAAAACUAAUUCCGUGUUUAGAUAUUGUCGUAAUAUAAUGAGCCUU